AUCAGUUGCGCUCACACCUCAGCCAUGUUAUACGAAUUGAUUGCGGUGGUCCGCCCCGGCAGCCUCGCCGAGGUGAAAGAUAUUGCCCGCACAGCAGGAUCCCUCAUCCUCCAAAACGGCGGCACGAUUCGCGGAAUCACAAACUGGGGCGUCACCGCGCUCCCGAAACGCACCACCAAGCAUCAGGCAGUCUACCACGACGGACACCACUUCGUCCUGCGCUACGACGCCAACAGCGCCGUGCAGGACCAGGUGCGCAAGACGCUCAGUCUCGACCCGCGAAUGAUCAAGUUCGGGAGCGUGAAGCUCGGGGAUGGAAAGCUGGAUACGCUGGCGAGGAUAGGGGGGUCGAUUCCGUGGUCGGUGAGGGAGCGCAGGUCGUAGGCCAUUGGGGAAGACAAAGAGCGUGGGAAUGCUUGCAAAGAUAUUGUAAGACUGGCUGUAUAUUAUGUGCAUUAUUGGCGAAUGGGAUUCGAUUUAUAAACUCAGCAUUCACUUAGCAGUACUUCGUCUUAAUGAUCUGGCAACUGUUUACCG